AUGCGUGAUAUCAUUAUGCAAACAAGAGGAGGAGGACUUCAGCGAAUCAACGAACUGCAUGCUGCUUACAUGGCUUACCAAUAUCCUUUGAUUUUUCCUUAUGGUGAGGACGGUUAUAGACCUGAUGUAGCUCAUAGGGACUUGCCUUCCAACAGUAACAGCGUAAGAAAUAGGCUCACAAUUCGGGAAUUUUUGGCAUACCGCAUUCAAACCAGGUGCAACGAAGCUAAGACUCUAUUAUCUUCUAGAAGGUUGUUCCAGCAAUUUCUGGUCGAUGGUUACACAAUGUUGGAAUCUGAGAAACUUGAAUGGUUACGUAAAAAUCAACCAAAACUUCGGGUUUCCAAGUACAAUGCUUUAAAUGAAGAGGGAGACCAGAAUCAAGCGCAGGGGAACAACAUAGGUAAACGAGUCGUUUUUCCUUCCUCAUUUGUCGGAGGUCGUAGGUUUAUGGAUCAAUUGUACUAUGAUGGAAUGGCUAUAUGCAGUAAAGUUGGAUUUCCGGAUUUGUUUAUUACCUUUACUUGUAACCCAAAUUGGCCUGAGAUUCAGAGAGUACUUGGACCUCUUCAUUUGAAGCCUCAAGAUCGACCAGAUAUCAUCUCGAGAGUAUUCAAAAUCAAGUUUGAUCAAUUGCUUACAGAUUUAACCAAAAAAGGUGUUCUUGGAAAAGUACUUGCCUAUAUGUACACCAUUGAGUUUCAAAAGAGAGGAUUGCCUCAUGCCCAUAUAUUGAUCUUCUUGCAUCCUUCGAACAAAUAUCCAGGUCCAGAAGACAUUGACAAGAUCAUCAGUGCUGAAGUGCCCGAUCCCGAAACACACCCUCGGUUGUACAGUUUGGUCAAAGCUCACAUGGUUCAUGGUCCUUGUGGUUUGGCAAAUCCCAAGACACCUUGCACGAAAGAUGGGAGGUGCACCAAGUUUUACCCUAAGAAGUUUCAACCUACGACUAUCGUGGACCAAGAAGGGUAUCCUGUUUAUAGGAGAAGAGACAACAAACACACUAUUGAAAAAAAUGGAUUAAUCUUUCACAGUGGUCAUGUUGUUCCUCACAAUCCAAGUUUGUUGUUGAAGUACGAAGCCCACAUUAACAUGGAAUGGUGCAACCAAAGAACUUCUAUCAAAUACCUUUUCAAAUAUAUAAACAAAGGUUCCGAUAGAAUUUCUGCAAUCAUACAAGGCCAAGAUAGAAACAAUGUCGACGAGAUCAAGCAAUAUUUGGAUUGUCGAUACAUCUCCCCAAGUGAAGCAUGUUGGAGGAUAUUUUCCUAUUCUAUACAUGGCAGAAAGCCAGCCGUAGAAAGACUGUAUUUUCACAUGGAAGGUGAAAACUCUGUGUACUACAAAGACUACGAGCAGGUUGGUGAUGUGUUACUCAAACCAAGUGUAACAGAGUCGAUGUUUACAGCAUGGUUUGAAGCAAACAAAACUUAUGAAGAAGCAAGAUUACUAACUUAUGGAGACUUUGUUUCUAAGUUUGUCUAUCAUAAACGAAGUCGGAGUUGGAAACCAAGGAAACGAGGGUAUACCAUUGGUCGACUCAUUUGGGUUCCUCAGAGCACCGGUGAGUUGUUUUAUUUAAGGAUGAUGCUCACUAUCAAAAAGGAUCCUUUAUGCUAUCAGGACAUCAAGACGGUGGACGGUAAAAAGCUAAAAACAUUUAGAGAUGCAUGCUUUGCGAUGGGAUUUUUACAAGAUGAUCGUGAAUUUGUCGAGGCAAUCAAAGAGGCGCAUCAGUGGGGUUCAGGUCAUUUUUUACGCAAGUUGUAUGUUACCAUGUUACUAUCUUCGUCGAUGAAUAGACCCGAACAUGUUUGGAGAAAGACUUGGAUGUAUUUAUCGGAUGGCAUUCUUUAUGAUCAACGAGUCUUCACAAGAGAUCCAGGUCUGACAAUGAGUGAUGCCGAGUUAAAAGAACGGACACUCAUGGCUAUUGAAACUCUAUUACAAAAUAAUAAUCGAAGUUUGAAGGACUUCAAGACAAUGCCAUAUCCGAAAGAUUAUGUUGAAUCCUUUACAGGAAAUCGACUCCUUUAUGAUGAACGUCAAUAUGAUGUUGUUGCUCAGCAACAAAUUUUUGAAAGUCUGUAUGCUUCUCUUACAGAUGAACAAAGAAGCAUCUUUGAGGAGAUCAUGGAUGCUGUAGAAAAGCAAGAAGGCGGAGUUUUUUUUUUAUAUGGCUACGGUGGCACUGGUAAGACCUUCAUGUGGAACACUCUAUCAGCAGCCCUUAGGUCUAAGAAAAAAAUUGUUUUGCCGGUUGCUUCAAGUGGGAUUGCAAGUUUGUUGUUACCAGGUGGAAGAACAACUCAUUCUAGAUUUAAGAUUCCUGUCCCUACAGUAGAAACUUCUAUAUGCAACAUUGAAAAACAAGAUGAUCUUGCCGAGCUUCUAAAGAUGACAGAUCUAAUCAUAUGGGAUGAGGCUCCUAUGGCUAACAAGUUUUGCUUUGAAUCACUCGACAAAUCAUUGAGAGAUAUUAUGAGUGGAACCACACAUGCUUCUAAAAGAGUUUUUGGAGGUAAGGUUGUUGUGUUUGGAGGUGACUUCAGACAAAUUCUCCCUGUUAUACCAAGAGGUACUAGAUCUGAUAUUAUCCAUGCAACAAUCAAUGCUUCUUAUAUUUGGGAUCAUUGUAGAGUCUUGAGGCUUACAAAAAACAUGCGCUUGCAAACUGGUCAACCCACUUCUACAGCUGAUGACAUAAGGAGUUUUUCCGAGUGGAUUUUAAAAAUUGGAGAUGGCACAAUGUGUGAGCCAAAUGAUGGCUAUGCUGAUAUUUGUAUUCCAGAUGAGUUCUUAAUUUCUAGCUUUUCAGAUCCGAUUAAGGGAAUUGUUGAAGAUACGUACCCUGAUCUCAUUCAUAACUAUCUUGAUUCCAAUUAUCUUCAAAGUCGUGCGAUCUUAGCUUCGACAAUCGAAGUAGUCGGUGAUAUUAACCAAUAUAUAACAAACCUUCUUCCAGGAGAAGAGAAAAAAUACUUUAGUAGUGAUUCUAUUGAUAAAUCUGAUGCAAGUAGCUUUGAUGCAUAUGAGCACGUGACACCCGAGUUCCUAAAUGCUCUUAAGACUUCGGGAUUGCCUAACCAUUCAAUCAAGUUAAAAGUUGGGGCCACUAUUAUGUUAAUGCGCAACCUAGACCAAUCUGAAGGUUUGUGCAAUGGUACAAGGCUAACUGUUACUAGGCUUGCUGCUCAUGUCAUUGAAGCUAAGAUCAUUUCUGGAAAAAAUGUUGGUAACUUAACUGGUGAGACGCCAAUUUCCAAUUAUUGUUUCCUUCGCCAUGACUAUUAA